UCUUUAUGCAACAUCUUUCAAUAAAAAGCUCUCAAAUCCUCUUUCUUGCAAGCCCGCUCUGGAUUCUUUAUGCAACAUCUUUCAAUAAAAAGCUCUCAAAUCCUCUUUCUUGCAAGCCCUCUCUCUUUCCCUGCAUUCUUUCUAUAGAAAUCGCUCUGUCCUCCUCAUACAACUUCUGCACCAAGCUCACUACCUCUUGUUCUUGCAAAUCUUUUCUGAACCAUUUCUACCGCUAAUCGAUACCUCUUUUCCUCAACAAAGUCCACCCUCAAUCUUCCAUCUCUCUCUCACUGCUCCAAAAUAUUUUUCCAACAACCUCUCAAACUCCGGUUCUUCUCUCUCUCUCUCUUUCUAAAUCGAAUUCUUGAGUUCUUGACUCCCUGAUCUUUUUCACCUCGCCGGUAAAACCAUUCCAGGGUCGGAAAAUGAAGUUUCCGGCUAUUCUCCUCCCCCUCUUGCUCUUCUUCUUGUGUUUCUGGAGAUCGGAAUCCCAGACACCGUUCCUAGACGGCGGCGGUGCAUGGGAGGUCCUCCAACAAAGCAUUGGCAUCUCGGCCAUGCACAUGCAGCUCAUGCCCAACGACAAGGUCGUCAUGUUCGACCGUACGGACUUCGGCUCCUCAAAUAUAUCCCUCCCUUCUGGACAAUGCCGAACCGAUCCCCACCAGGAAGCGCUAACGCACGAUUGCUCUGCCCACUCGGUCGAAUACACCAUCGCCACCAAUUCCAUACGCCCACUCACCAUCCAGACCGACACGUGGUGCAGCUCCGGCUCGUUGGAUCGAAACGGGCAGUUGAUCCAGACCGGUGGUUUCCGUGAUGGCGAUCGCGUUGUCCGUACGAUCUCAUCUUGCGACGCCUGCGAUUGGACGGAGUAUCCCGAGAAUCUGGCCGUCCGGCGCUGGUAUGCGACGGACUUGAUCCUGCCAGAUGGCCGCAUCAUCAUCGUUGGUGGCCGCAGGCAGUAUAAUUACGAAUUCUACCCUCAACAAAACCCGAAUCUCUUCGAGUUAGGGUUUUUAAGAGAGACGAGCGACCAGGACGAGAACAACCUUUACCCUUUUCUCCACCUCUUACCCGAUGGUACCCUCUUCAUCUUCACAAAUACCAGGGCCGUCCUCUUCGACUACAAUGGUAACCGGGUGCUGCGAGAGUUACCGGCUAUUCCCGGUGGCGAGCCCCGAAACUACCCCAGCUCGGGCUCGUCCGUGCUCCUCCCCCUCACCUUAACCGGUGAAGCCGGUCAAGAAACCGACCCGGAGAUUUUACUUUGUGGUGGGGCCCCAUUCGGCUCUUUCGACAAGGCCGUGCAGGGCGAGUUUCUAGAAGCUUCUAGCACGUGCGGGAGAAUAAGGCCGAUGGACCCUCAGGCCCAGUGGGCCAUGGAGACGAUGCCCAUGGGGCGUGUCAUGGGCGAUAUGCUCCUCCUCCCUAACGGCGAGGUCCUCAUAAUUAACGGCGCUGGUAACGGUACGGCUGGCUGGGAAUUCGGGAGAAACCCUGUGAAAACGCCCGUUAUUUACAGUCCGUCAUUACCGUUAGGCCAGCGUUUCCAAGUUCUGAACCCUUCUUCCACACCCAGGCUUUAUCACUCUACGGCCACCGUUAUUCCAGACGGCCGUGUUCUGGUAGGAGGAAGCAAUCCACACACUCUCUACCAAUUCUAUAACCAGGAGUUUCCGACCGAUCUCAGCCUCGAGGCUUUUUUGCCGCCUUAUCUCUCUAUGCAGCACCUAACGAGGAGGCCGAGGAUCGUUUCUUCGUAUACACAGCCCUUGAGCUAUGCACAACCCACAGAGGUGAUGUAUUUUCUGGCUGACCCGUUACCGAUGGGUGAGAUAACGGUCAGGCUUCUGGCCCCGUCUUUUACGACGCAUUCUUUUGGGAUGAACCAGAGGCUUCUGACACUUAAAGUAGCGGGUGAGGUGGUGCAACUUUCGUUAUUUACGUAUAGGGUCACUGUGCUGGCCCCUCCAAACCCGAACAUUGCUCCACCCGGGUAUUAUAUGAUGUUUGUUGUGCACUCUGGUGUUCCAAGCGCUGGUGUUUGGGUUCAGAUGCAGUAGCCUCGAUUCUUGCUUUUCUUAAUUCAAGGGAGAUAACUCAUAGUGUGUAUGCUUUAGGAAAUUGUACACCACCUUCUUAAUUCAAGGGGGAUGAGUAUUAAGUGUACACCACCUCGUAGUGCGUAUGCUUUAGGAAAAUGUACACCACCUAUUCUUUGUUCUUUAUUUUUCUACUGUAUUGUUGAUAUAAGGGUGUCGAGGUUUCCAUGGCCUAGAUCUCUCAGCUGUAUUUUGUGGGUCUCCUCUUUUUUUUUCUCUCCUUUUUUUAUUUUUGCAUUUUGUG